CUUUCGCUCCUCGACAGCAUCACAGUUCACAUGUACGCGGCAUUCUUUAUUUUCUAUCUGCUGUAGUGGUCUCAUGGCAUUCCAGUAUGAGGCUUCGUUUGGAAAACACGUCGCGAAACCAGUCAAUGUUGCGCGCGAUAGUUUGACUUGUGUUUAGUGCGGUGUGAGUGUGCCGUGAGCGGUCAUGCUGUGUUCUUUAUAAUCUCAACAACAUACUUCUAGCCUUCGUACAUUAUAUAAAAAUGUUGAUUCAGUUUACUUAAUCUAAAUUAAAAGUAAAUAAAACGAAGGAUUGGUACGAAAAAGUAUUGGAUUGAAAACAGAAGAGAGAACAAGAUAAAGAGAUGGACGUGAAAAACGAUGAUAUUGAACUUAGCGUGCAGGGAACAAGCAAGCCAAGUGACGUCGCGAUCAAAUCCAAUUUGCCGGAGCGAGAAUCCUGGGCCAGCAAGCUAGACUUCAUCCUUUCUGUAGUUGGCUUGGCCAUUGGACUUGGUAACGUUUGGCGUUUCCCUUACCUCUGUUACAAGAAUGGCGGGGGAGCCUUCCUCAUUCCUUACUUCCUUACACUCUUCCUCGCUGGUAUACCGAUGUUUUUCAUGGAACUGGCCAUGGGACAAAUGCUGACGAUUGGAGGCCUCGGCGUUUUUAAGAUCGCCCCGAUUUUUAAAGGCAUUGGCUACGCUGCAGCCGUGAUGUCCUGUUGGAUGAAUGUUUACUACAUCGUAAUUCUGGCCUGGGCUAUAUUUUACUUCUUCAUGUCGAUGCGUUCAGAUGUCCCUUGGCGUAAUUGCGACAAUUACUGGAACACACCGAGUUGCGUGAACCCUUACGAUCGUAAGAAUCUGACUUGCUGGUCUAGCAAGGAUAUGUCGACUUAUUGCAUCCUCAACGGCAAAAACUUCACCAAAGCUAUGCUCUCUGAUCCGGUCAAGGAAUUUUGGGAACGCCGCGCCCUACAGAUUUCAUCAGGCAUCGAGCAUAUUGGCAACAUCCGCUGGGAAUUAGCCGGGACCUUGCUUCUCGUUUGGGUUCUGUGUUACUUCUGCAUUUGGAAAGGAGUGAGAUGGACAGGCAAAGUUGUUUACUUUACUGCACUGUUUCCAUACUUUUUGCUUACCGUGCUGUUAAUUAGAGGUAUAACGUUACCGGGAGCCUUGGAAGGGAUAAAGUUCUACGUGAUGCCAAACAUGUCCAAGCUACUGGAGUCUGAAGUAUGGAUUGACGCUGUCACUCAAAUCUUCUUCUCGUACGGAUUAGGCCUGGGCACUUUAGUAGCUCUUGGUAGCUACAACAAGUUCACUAAUAAUGUUUACAAGGACGCUCUGAUAGUCUGCUCUGUUAACUCCAGCACGUCAAUGUUUGCUGGUUUCGUCAUCUUUUCUGUGGUUGGCUUUAUGGCGCAUGAACAGCAGCGUCCUGUUGCUGAAGUGGCCGCUUCUGGUCCGGGCUUGGCAUUUCUGGCGUACCCAUCAGCCGUCCUGCAGUUGCCAGGUGCCCCGCUCUGGUCUUGCCUGUUCUUCUUCAUGCUACUCCUCAUUGGCUUGGACAGCCAGUUCUGCACCAUGGAAGGCUUCGUGACCGCCGUCAUCGACGAAUGGCCUAAACUCUUGAGAAGGCGAAAGGAAGUGUUCAUUGCAAUUACUUGCGUUAUUUCUUACCUGGUCGGAUUGUCUUGUAUCUCUGAAGGUGGCAUGUACGUUUUUCAAAUCCUCGACUCGUACGCUGUCUCUGGUUUCUGUCUGCUGUUCCUCAUUUUCUUUGAGUGCGUCUCCAUCUCGUGGGCCUUCGGUGUUAACCGUUUCUAUGACGGGAUCAAGGAAAUGAUCGGAUACUACCCAAUGAUUUGGUGGAAGUUCUGCUGGGUUGGAUUCACUCCUGCCAUUUGCAUUAGCGUUUUCAUCUUCAAUCUCGUGCAGUGGACUCCAAUCAAAUACAUGAAUUACGAAUACCCCUGGUGGUCCCACGCAUUCGGAUGGUUUACCGCUUUAUCUUCGAUGUUGUGUAUUCCUGGGUACAUGGUGUACCUGUGGCGUGUCACCCCCGGAACCUGGCAUGAGAAAUUCAACACGAUCGUACGCAUUCCCGAAGACGUGCCAUCUCUACGAACAAAGAUGCAAGCUGAAGAACAAGCAAAACAUGGCAAAGCUUAGAGCCGCGAACAUAUUUACGCAAGUUCAUGAUAAGUUUAAAAUGGGAAUAUUGAUUAAAACAAACCAAAUAAAUUAUCAACAUAAAAACAUCUGGAGACGAAAAUCAUUUCUUGCUAUUUAUAAUAGUAUAUAUGUAAUGUAGUUAAACUAUUUUUUGUAUCGCAACGCCGCCUGCGAUAUAAAAAAUACGAUGUGAUUUCAUUUUCCAUAUAUAUAUUAUUUUACAACGAACUUGCAUAGUUUCUGAAGGGUUCCUAAAGGAUUCUAAUGAAAGUAUAACAACAAAUCGAAAGAUCCGAAUGUUUUAUUUUCAGUAAAUAAUAACGCAUUUGUACACACGUUACAAUGUAAACAAAUAUAUUCUAAUAUAUUACGCACAAAUAUAACUUAUGACGUGCCAAAUUAUAUGCCAAUUUAUUUAAAAGAUAAUAAAUAGAUUAUAUGAUAAAUAAAUUUAUUUACAUAAAAAUAUUUAGAUCCCCGUCAUAAAACCGGGCAAACUAUUUAGUCAAAUUAUUUAGAUGUUACCCAAAAUAUUUAUCUCGAAUAAUAUUUUUGUUAUUUAAAAACAUUAAUAUUUUAGCGUAAGACAAUUUGAUGACUUUCCGAUAUCCGCGACGCGUUCACGUAUGUUCACAUUAUAUGCUGUAUUUUUAAUGUAUUUUUAAGUAUGAAUGAUAUUAAUUAUUAUUGUCUUCCAUGUAGCUAAUGCUUUAGAUUAGUUUUAAGAUAUUAUGUGGCUAAAAUCGAGACAACAGAAGAAUACGUGCACCGAAAUUCUAAAUAAUUUGUGGCUCAAACGCAAAUUCGGUGACAAUAUUAAAUUUUGUUAAAUAAAAGAAUAAGUAAAUUAAUUACUUUCCAUAAACAAAUAUUUCUACAUAACUGAGAGAGAGAGAGAGACAGAGAGAGAGAAUACACUUUAUUGCACACCAAAACACAAUUUACAUUCAAAAAACAAUCAACUGAAUUGACUAUAAAGGCAUUGUCGUAAUUUUAGCCACGUUUUCAUUUAUAAGCUCAGCCUAGUAUUUUCUAGAGUUAUACUAAAAUACUAUUUUAUCCUUAAAGGGCUAGUUUAUGCUAAUUAUUGAUGUUUAAAAUGAAUAAAAAUUAUAUUAUGAUUAAAGCGCACUUCGACGCGUGAAUUUUGAAUCUAUAUGGUGUUAAAUGUGAAUGUAUUAGUGUUCUAAAUAUUUAAAAAAAUACUUAGCUGUAAUUUAUAUUAUAUACUUAGAUGGUUAAUUAAUAAAUAUUUAAUCUUGUUAUUUGAUUAUGUUAAUUAAUUUUAGUUUGGUUAAUCAGCUUUAAAUACCAUUAAUUUAUAAUAGCCUAUUUAGUUUAGUUUAAAUAUUAUAUUUUAUUCGACAAUACUAAUGUGUGAGACCAAAGAUAUUUGUGCUAAAAUUUAACAAUCUUCUUAACUUAUACUGUAGAUGACUUUUAUUAAAAUUUUGAGAAAUUUAUCUUUGAACAAUAUUUUUAAUAACUCUUUUUACAUAGCCUGGGCUGUUUUUAAUUCGUUCUAAAAGUUUGUGUAAUAUGUUUUAUUUACAAGACUUAAUCUUAUAUUCUCUAUUAAAUAAGAAAUAUUAUAUUCUGCUGUACUCUUUAAUAAAAGAACAUCAUUUAUUUUUCGGUAAAUUUUUAACAUUCUUCUUUGUUUUUAAGAAUGUAAUGGAAACUUAUUGGUAGUUGAUAAAAUGUUUACAAAAAUUAUUAAAAACUUUAAUCAAUUUUGAAUGUUAUUCUAUCGGUUUAUUUUAAAAGUGUUUAAUAGAAAUUAGAAAUUUUAUUCUAGUUUGUAAUCUUAUAGAUAUUUAAGAAUUAACAUUCUGUGUAAUUUUAUCUAAUCAAUAAUCAUUAUUACUUAUUUAGUUGGUAAAUGAAUAUUAUUAUUAUUAUAUGAUUAUCUCAAAACAAUAUUGGAAUCAGAAAUAAAAAUACUGAAAACAGCUGCACAAAAAAAUAAUUAAUAAUGAUGAAAUCGCUCCUUAAAAUAAUUUACAUGAAUAAAAAUCAUUUUAAUACUAAAUUCCUGUAAUAGAUUUAUUUAUUUAACAUCUAUGUUCCAGAAAAUUUAAUUAAUGUAAUAAUCUUCUACACUUAUUUUAUUUAAUUUAUUUUAUUUACACUUUAAAUUUUAAGUGAAGCUAUAUGCAGAAUUCUGGUAUUUAGGUAAUUACUUCAUUUAGAGACAUAACAUUACAGUUUAGUAUAUUUCUAUAUUGUUUUUACAUAAAUUCCAGUACCAUUUGUAUUGUUUACUAAACUUGAGCGAUUAGUUACAUAACAAAUUCAUUCAUUAAUAAUAAUUAUAGUAGUCGUUUUCGUUUCUUAUUUGAUUCAAUAAUUUCAAAUAUAUUCUUAUCGGUUGAGUAAUUCAUAAAUAGUAUAAGGCAUUUAGUCAUUUUGAAGUAAACAACAAAUUGAAACAGAACAUUUUGAAAUGGAGUUAUAAAUUUAAAAAUACCAUGAAGUUUGACCCGCGUGUACCUCUAGACCAGGGGCUCCCAAACUUAUUUUGUCUACUGCCCACUUUGAGAAUAAAGAAUUUUUUAGCGCCCCCAUUUUUUAACCUACCUAAAAACCACUAUGGCGAGAGCUCAGUUGGUAUCUAAGAGUCCUCCUAGAUGGAAUUACAAAUUGCCUCUCAAGCCUCUACACAACGCCCCCAUUUUUUUCUGAGUCUUUUGCCGCCCCCCUAUAGGCCUGCAGCGCCCACAAGGGGGCGUUAUCGCCCACUUAGGGAAAGGCUGCUCUAGACUGUGACGUUAACCAGGUCAAAGAUACUGAUCGUAUUGGUUUGAGUAUUCAUGAUCAGGGCUUUCCAAUCUUCUGCCAAAUUUUACCGAAAGGUUGAGGACAAGGAUGCAAGUCGAAAGGAAAAAAAACCAAACCAUCAUUUUGUCAAACGAAUUUUUAAUUUAAAUGUUUUCCAAUCGUUAUCAUUUAAUUAUAAAAUAAGACAAAUGACGUUAAUAUUACGUAUAAUGAAAAACUUCAUAGCAUUUUUAAAAGUAAUCAAUAAUCAUAUAAAUACAUGUUAUUUCAAAAUGUAAUUAAAUGUUUCUUAGUCAAUCACAUAUCGUAGAGAGAAAAAGUGUUUUGUUUUUUAGAUUCUAUAUUAAAUCAUGAAAAUAUAUUUAUUUGUUUAACUUAAAA